AAGAGAGCGAGACGCUGUGUUGCUAAGGCGACGCUGAGAGGCGGGGCGAAGCCAAGCGAAGAAGAAGACAUUAUUGUGGCCGCUCGUUCCAUGAGGCGGCAAGCAGUCCCGAAGAGAACCUUGGGGGCAGAACUGGACUUUUGUUGUUGUUUUGAAUCAUUGUGGGGCCGGACGUCAAGGGGGCCGGGCAGGAGAGAGGGACCCCCUCCCUAGUUUAGGUGGGUUUAUGGUUGCCUCUGCCGGCCCCCGCCUUGCCCAGGUGUGACCGGGCAGAGAGGGGGAGGCGAGUGUUGCCCCCGGACGGCUCAUUGGGCUGCCCGGGCUGGAGAGGGAAAAAGAAGGUGAAGCGGCGGUUCAGGUGGAGAAAACAGCCCGAAACGCUUUGGAAAGGCAAACAGGAGUCUUUCUGGAGCGAACAGUUUCGCUGCCAGCAUGACCUCCAGAAGGUACCCUGGGCGCAAGAAGAAAAAAACAGAUUUUCACGCCAAGAAAGUGACAACAAAAGAAGAAAAUGUGUUAAGAGAUCCAUUUUCUCAAAGUGAGAAAACUCUAAUAUCAGAAGAUAGUCCUUGCAACAACAAAAAAGUCGAUCAAAAACUGCAGUCAAAGAUCGAACAUCUAACAGUAAAAAAACUUGAUUUGGAAAACCAUGUUAUGAAACUGCUUGAGAGAAAGGUGGAAGUAGCAACUCAAGUGGACAAUCUGGCCACUGAAAAUGAAUAUCUGUGUCAAGAACUCAAGUAUAUAGACAAGAUAGCAGAAGAACUGGAAAAAGAAAAAGAAUUUGCAUUGGAGAGUGCUGACCAGGAACUUUCAGAAGCUAAGUCGCAGAUUAAAUGCCAGCAAAAUACUAUACGGAAACUGGAACAUACAAUCAACAUUCUUAGAUCCGCUCUUAUGGACACUGAAAAAACACAAGAGAGGCAGUCCUCACGGCACCAUAAUGUUAUAAAGACAAAAGAAGAUGAGAGAGAUUAUUAUAAAACUGAAGCUCAGCAUUGGAAGAUGCUUCAUAAAACUUCUUUAAGUCCUAAACGCAAACCCUCUUGUUCUGUUUCCAAAGCUUCCUCUCCGCUUCAGAGAAGUAAUUCCGAUCCAGAAUUUCUGCAGAUCUUGAGAGAACGGGAAGAAUAUAAAGCAAUAUUAGAAAAAAAUGAACGUCAUUUAGCAGAAAUGCAGGGCAACAUCAAGGUUCUUACAGCAGAAAGAGACAAAAUUAUCUGUCUUUAUGAUCAGGCUCAGGAAGAAAUAAGUCGAUUGCGAAACGAAGCUAUCAGAAUCCCUAAAGCUUCUAAAACUGUGCUGACUGCUCAGGCUGUCUUAAGACGAGUGGAGACUGAAAGGGAUGCUGCUAUUACUGAUUUCCGAAGGAUGGCAACAGAACGUGAUAGCUUAAGAGAGAGAUUAAAGAUCGCUCAGGAUACUGCAUUUAAUGAGAAAGCUCACCUGGAACAGAGAAUCGAAGAGCUGGAAUUAAAUGUUCAGAGUCUUGAUAAUGAACGAUUGGAACAAAUAUCAAAGAUGUCAUUGAUGAAAGAGACCAUUGAGUCUAUAGAAAGAGAGAUGAAAAUAUUGGCAAGAAGGGCAGUGGACUCUGAGAGUGAGCUAAACAGGCAAAAAGCAUGUAAUGCUUCACUGAGCAAGUUGAAUGAAAAAACAGAGCAUAGCCUUGCAGAGUCCCAGCGACACCUUUCAAAAAAGAAAUAUGAAUUACAACUUGUUCAAGAAAAAAUUAUGUGCCUGGAUGAAAAAAUUGAAAAUCUUUCAAAACAAAAUCUUACCCAAAGAGAAGAUAUUUGUGCACUCAGUGAAACAAUAGCUGAAUUGGAGUCAGAAAAGGAGUCCUUACAAGAUCUGCUGGAAGAAAAAACAGAGAAAACAGUCAACCUUGAAGAAAGCUUGGUCAUAAAAGAAAAGACCAUUUCAGAUUUGAAGUCCAUGCUUUCUGAUGCAGAACAUUCAUCAAGACAUUCCACUGAAGCUCUUCGAAGAUGUGAGCUGGAUGUAAGCAGACUGCAUCAGUUGCUAGAUGAUAGUAACAAUGAACUUACUCACAUGCAAAGGAAUAAGGAGGCUUUAAUUCAGGAGAAUGAGAGGUUACAGAAUCAACUUCAUAGCUUUAAGCAGGAAAACCAGAUUCUGCAUCAAAAACUCAACAAAUGUCAAAAUGAACUUAAUGAUAUGAAGUUGAAAACUGAAGAUUUCCAUACAGAUAUUAUUACACUGAAGACCAUGCUGAACUCUAAAGAGAAGGAAAAUCAAGGUCUUUUGGAGAAAUACCACUGGGCUAGUGAACAGGCAGAAGGAUGGGAAACAAAGUUCCACCAAAUAGAAACAGAUUGUAAUUCUGUCCGUCUGGAUCUUCUCAAUCUAGAUUCUGAGUGCUGUAGACUGAAAGAACGGACAGAAUCUCUUGAAAUAGAAGUUGGGCAACAUUUAGCAUCAGAAAAAACCUACAAAUCACAGAUUUCUACUUUAGGCAAGUCUCUUAUGAAAAUGGAGGAGGAACUCCAGAAAGUUGAGCUGGAGAAAGUUUCUGUACUAACAGAUCUGACAUCUACUCGGGAACUGUGUAUAAAGUUGGACACUAGCAAAGAGCUGUUAACCCGGCAACUUAACAACACAGUUCAAGAAAAAGAACAGCUUCAGAAUGAAUGGGAAUCAUCUCGCUCAGAAGUAGAACUCCUCAGAAAACAACUAACUAAUGAAAGAAUCUCAAUUAAAAAUCUAGAAACAUUGUUAUCAUCCAACCGAGAAAAGGAAUUUCAAUCUCAGAUUAUAAACCAAGAAAAGGAUUCUGAAAUUCAGCUUCUUAAAGAGCAGCUUUCUAUGGCUGAAGAAAAAAUUGCCAUCCAGAAUCGAGAUUAUUCACACCUCAAAAAUACAAUAACGCAACUGGAAUCUGAGUUAGAUAUCACUAAAAGACAGCUGGGCACAGAACGCUUUGAAAGGGAGCGUGCUGUUCAUGAACUUCGCCGCCAGAGUCUUGCAGCUUCAUAUCACUUAACCUCGACAAUAAGAUCAUCAUCACCUGAACGUUCCCGGCACUGGUCUCCCGAUAGGUCUCUUGAGAGAUCUUUGGAAGGGGAUUGUGCUUUGAAGGACUUCUGAUUGAUGAAGACACAGGGAAAUCUGACAUCUAUUAUAGAACUGAAGGUGCCAAAUGGAACAACAGAGUUUAUUAAAAGAAUUUCCUCAAUCCAGUUGAUGGUAGAUCAUAUUCAAACUACUUAGUUAACUAAAUGAGCAUGCUGACAGUAAAUAUUUUAUUUCAACCACUGGAAUAAAAACAGUUUGGAUAUAUUGUUUUAUACAACCAAUAUCCAUUAUUAAAACGGCAUAUUGAAAAGGAAAGUGAACAUGAUCGUGAUUACAAACUUUGAACAACUUUAUUGAAUGAAGCCAUCAUUAAAGGGAAAAUAAAAAGAAUUAAACAAUUUACCUCAUUUUAUGCUGUAGCUUCAUCCCAAUUGUGCUUAGUUAUAUAGCCCUUUUGUUUGAGAGAACAGGUAAAUUUUAAGAUGAAGGCUGUUUUAACAUUUUUAUAUACAUAUACACAGAGAAUCAAUUUGAAAUAAAAACCUGAUGUUAAUAUUACUGGCUUGGAUCCUAACUUCCCUUCUAAGAAUAGAACAAAAUUCAUCAGGACCGCCCCCUUCACUUUUUGUCUGCAGUUCCCCAAAGCCACUAAAAAGAUGCUCCUGAAGACCGAGAACCUUUAGCAAUGAUGUGAGAUAGAAUGAGGGGAUUGGAGACAUUGGCCUUAGCAGAAUUCACAGACAAACCUUUCAUGAACAGAAGAAUAAUUCUGAAUCCAAAGUCUCCAAAACUGAUUUUAAAAUCAGUAAAGCACGAGUUUAUGGAAAUAGCAAAGCCCUCUAUUAGUGAAUGUAAACACAGCAACGAUUAUGUUGUAGACGUUCUGCAGCUGUAUGGUCUAUACUAACUACCAUAGAUCUAUGCACCUUUUUCAAACCUUUUUAUGUCUCCAGCUUUCUACUAUUUGCAUAAGCUACUUUAGAAAAAAAAGUAUUGCUCAAGUUACCAA